GGGGACCAAUCGGUCAUCGGGGGACUUCAAGAAAGGUUCCAUAGGACGUGCAUUCGAUAAUGUUCGUCAUCUCAUCGAUGACUCAGACUGGUUAGAUUCAACUGACAAUGGUGAACAAUUGUUGGAGCUUCUCUCCAAACCUGAGUACUAUGGGAAGGAGGAGUUGGAGUCACUGUAUCAAGCUAUGCAUAAGCUCUUCUACUCUGACCUUAGGAAAGAUGAUGACGACCUACCAGCCUUCAGGUCACGCUUUGAGCAGGCCGUGAGGAAGGUCAAGAAGCACAAAGUCGAGCUUCCAUCGGAGGCCUUGGGAUUCCUGUUCCUGAAGCAGUCAAAGAUCGGUGCCGAAUCCUUUGAAAGACUCAUCACGAUGACAAAUGGUGAUCUUCGGUUUGAUGCCGUGGUGGAUGGAUUGAGACGUUUGAAGAUGAAGUUCCUUGAUGGAGAUGAGCAGGAGACCCAGGAGUUUUCUGGCGACAUGGCCCAUGACGACGAUGACAUUGACCUGAUCGAACAGGCCAUUGCAGAUCUGGAUGGUGAUGACACCUCAAAAACUGCUGAGGUUACAGAAGACGGUGCUCGAGAGAUUCUCAUGACGCUCAUAAAGCAGAAAGUGAACAAGCCCGUGUCCAUGACCUACAAGCAGGUUCAGCAGCAAAAGCGUGAGGUCCGAAAUGCCAGGGGAAUGAUUCGUGCUGCAGUAUUAGAAGACACUCCUGAUGCUCCCUUUCUUUUGUCCUUGCCGAUUUUGAAGGCCUUAGAUACCGCGUUGAGUCUAGGACAUGGAAACAUGCACUUUCAGGCCAUCCAUGAGUCCGGCAAGAUGUUCUACAAUGACAAGGGACAGCUCUGUCUGAAACUUUUUGAGUUUGAUGCCAUAGCUGAGUGCUCCGAAAACUCUCCAGACCAGUGGAAGGUUCAGAAAAUCAUCGGUGAUGAAUGCCAGGUGUUUUUGCUUCAGCAUCGCAAUCAAAUUCAAGCAUCGCAGAGACUCCGUUGUCCAAUCCUCGACCGUGUCACUCAGACCAUGGAGGAGCAGACGUCGUCUCGAGGCAACAAGAGAGCAUGCACCUCACAUGCGGAGGCCAGUCCAAAGUAUGUCAGCCAGUGGUCACGCAUGUACAACAAGCUCAAGAUCCAGGAACAUCUGGACACCAUGGUCCGACUCAUGAUCGGAUUGGCAAUACCAUUGAUGAAUGUGUUGAUGCGAGUACUGGCGAUGAUGAUGAAGGUUGCGGAUAUGGAAGAGGUCGACACUCUUCAAGAGAUGAUGAACCACAUGGUGAUCGAAAAGAAGAGACACGAAAAGGGCAUGAAAGAAAGUUGGAUGGAAACUCCAUGUUACCCGAAGUCCAAGGAUCGACGCUCACAGAAGACCAGCACAACCGGCAAUUUCUCAGUGAUCUCAGCAGAAAAUCUGGACCGACUCAUGACGCAGUCACCCAGACAUCAAGGGCCAUCCAGUUCAAGCCAGAGUGUGAGGUCUCAGAGCUCGAUCGAGCUGUGUUACUGCGGCCUGAAGCCGGUUCGGUACACUUGCCGCAAGCAGGGACUCAACUACAUGAGACAGUUUUACCGAUGCCCCAAAGAACCACAGUCCAUACAUCAGUGCCACUACUUCCAGUGGAUCCAGGAGACCAAGGGCGAGGAGUACGAGAGAAUCUAUGCUUCCUCACAAGGGUCGAGACAGCCAACAGGCACUCCAGUGAGAUCAAGGAAGCAUUACGAAGAAGGAUACGCCUCUUACGGCGAGCCAGACGUGGACUCCAGCCCUGGACAGAGUCAGGUGAUCCGAAGCCCAACAAGGUCUCCUCCUGCACCUCCCAGAGAGUGCAACCAUCAGUGGAACAAACGAGGCACCAAUGCGUAUCAGAAGAUGCGCACAUGCAUGCACUGUGGACUCCAGGAGAUCACCAUCUACAAGAACAACCAGACCACGCAGCGAUGGGUGGACGUGACCAACCUCAAGAAAUCAGGCGCGUCAAUGGCCACUUUGGGGUUGGCCAAGAACUUUGAAUGUUCCCAAUGCAAAGAGGAAGAAGACAACCGCACACACCAUUCCAUGAUUGGCUUGGGCGAUGUGACCUUGCAAAAACAAGCAAGGAUGCGAGAAUGUGCAGGUCGUGCGUUUUUCUCCUCAGAAUGUGCAGCAGCCAUUAGGAUGCACUUUGCCGACUUCAGCCAGGCAUUCAUGCAGGGUGACACCUUACAGAGA